AUGGGAGGUGCUCUGGGAGGGGUCGGAGCUGGCGGCUGCGGAGGCGGGAUUGGAAAUAUGGUUGGUGCUGGGCUCCUGGAAGCUGCGGCAGGUGGACCGUGGACGAGUCAUCCAGCCCCGGGAUGCUACCCCGAUUCUGCAUUACCAAAUGCCGGCGUCGUCGAGCCAGCAAAUACUGCACCGGGACUUUUCAGCUUCUUUGGUGGAAACCAGGCACCAUACCGUGACGAGGCGACAAACGGCUAUCCAACUGGCCAAACGGACGACGAUCCGGAUGCUUGCGGUGAAGACGAUGAGUACGGAUCUGAGAAUGAAGCCGAUGACUAUUUCGACGACGAAGACGAUUUCGAUGAUUAUGACGAUGACGACUACUGA